AGGCGGUGGUGUGAGCCCGGCGGAGGGCUCUGAGAAGCGGCUCACACACCGAGCAGAGUCCGCGGCAGGAAGAGGCUCCAUGAGGAGGCUCGGUCUCGCUCUGCUGUCCUGCGCCGUCGCCGUCCUGGUUCACCUGUGGGUGGCUCACCGACCCUCCUCCACCCCGCUGGACAACAACACACACUCGGAUGUGGCGUUCCCUUUCUUUGAGGUUCUGGUGGGAGUGCUGUCAGCGAGACAUCAUCAUGAACUGCGCCGAGCCAUAAGAGAGACCUGGCUGGGCUACCUGCGAGACCACGCCCACUUUCAGCACAGGGUGGGGGUGAAGUUCAUCGUGGGGGAUCAUGGGUGUGCGAUUCCCGAGGAGGACCGAGAGGAUCCGUACUCCUGCUCUCUCCUCAACUUCAGCGAGCCAGGGCGCCAUGCAGAGACAGAGAUCGUGACGGUGUCUGACCCCUCGCUGCUCGCCCCCUCCGACGUGUCCGCCAUCGCCCUGGACUUCAAGGUGCUCCACCCGGUGGUCAUCACACGGCUCGGCGUGUUUCCCAGCGGGACGCGGCCCGAGCUUCAGAACAACGUGACGGUGAAGCUUCUGCAGCUGGACCAGGAGGAGGCCGUGGUCACCGCUCGUUUCAGCGCCAUCAGCAUGGGCACGCUGGUGAACGGCGUUUGGUACAAACCCGUGGAGCAGUUCAUCCUGCCCAAGGGUUUUGAAGGGACCCUGGUCUGGGAGAAUCUGGACUCUGCAGGUCUGAGCACGCUGACCUCGCCGUCUGUGCAGCUGAAUGACGGCGGUGGCGUCCUGAAGAUCUCCUCAAUCGCUGACGGUCUGUUACCUCAUCGCAGCGCCAGAGGAUUCCCGGGUCUCGCCGGAGGAUUCACCUUCACCGUCUACGGUGAGUAAACAAACACGGCGUCUCCUCAUGACGAGUC